CCGGAAUUGACGUUUUUCGUAAUUAAUAUGAAACAGUACGUGAUAGAGAGCAUUAAGGAUGAAAACGACUAUUGCAAUUAUUUCCUUUUGUUGGACUCUACACGCAGCUGUUUCGGCCAGAUUUGCUAAUAACGAUGUGAAUGUGGAUAACCACUUCAACUGGGCCCACCUUCCGAAAGAAUGCGGCAAAAACAAAGAAUUGGAAAUGAGGAUAUUCGGAGGCGAAGACGCCGCCUUGGGCCAAUUUCCAUGGAUGGUGAGAAUCGGCGCAACUAAAGGUGAUCUGCGAGGUUUAGUAUGCGGGGGUGUACUAAUUAAUGCUAAUCACGUUCUGACCGCCGCCCACUGUGGUGAAAACGGCGUUACCAUUGCCUUCGUACGAGUUGGUGAAUACGACACGCGCACCAACAUCGAUUGCGAUCAAUUUGGCUGCGCGCCACCUUACCAAGACUUACCAGUAGUCCACUGGAUAGUACACAAAAAUUGGAACACGGACACUGUACAGAACGAUAUAGCGCUAAUUAAGACGAAGAAGAAGGCUAAAUUCAAUGAUUACGUGAAACCGAUUUGCCUUCCGGGUCGCGAAUCCUUCUUCAGAAGCUACAAAGCCGAAGGUGGAGUCUCGCUGGCCGGUUGGGGAGAGACCAACAACAGCACCUAUUCCAUUAUGCCCAAGGUUCUGCAGUAUGUCAAUUUGGACGUGAUGAAUUUAAGGGAAUGCCAGAAUACUUACAUCGAUUAUAACAUCACCAAAGCGCAAAUUUGCGUGGGAGCGGGUGAAGGGCACGAUACCUGCGAAGGGGACAGCGGUGGGCCCGUUAUGAAAGAGCUCAAAUUGAACGGGGAAUACAGAUGGUAUACGAUUGGAAUUGUUUCUUUUGGUUCACCAGAUUGCGGUGUAGCACCAGCAGUUUAUACCAACGUUAGAUAUUAUCUGCCGUGGAUUUUAGAUCACAUCACACCUUAAAAAUGAUGUAAAUAAAUAAUUACAUGUAAAGGAA